AUGGAUUUGAGCCCAAAUACUGGGGGAAACGCCACCUGGAGUUUAGUUCGUGACUGGCUAGCCACUUGUUUCCAGUCUCACGACGACUGUAAUGCAAAGAAAGACAAGGAUUUUAGGCCUCCGUAUCUUCUUCGCCCUGGCGGGAAUUCCGAGACUUUCCAUCUCGUUGAGGCAAAAGACGUUGACACCGGUACUCGCUAUGCUACCCUUACGCACUGCUAUACAUUCAAUAACGAUAGCCUCAAACUUUCUUCAUUACAACCACUGUCCUCUCUACCUCAAACAUACCGAGAUGCCUUUACUAUUGUUUCUCAACUUGGGCUUGAAUAUCUUUGGAUUGACCACCUCUGCGUUUCACAAGAUGCUCAAAAUGAUCUAUCCAUGUAUAAGAACAAGAUGAUCAGGCGAAGGAUCUUAUCUAAUAGCUUUAUCGGGAUCAGUGCAGCGUGGUCCAUCUCCCCUUCCUCUGGGAUAUUUGUCAAUCGUGAUCUAGAACUGCUGAGGCCAUAUUCGUUCCCCUUCCCUAUCGACUCAAACAGCAAUCUAGUCCCUUUUAAGUUUGCUUAUGCUGAAAGGGACGAGGGAAAUAUCAAGCGGUUCGAAAUGGAGCCACUACACCAAAGUGCCCGAGCCACUCACGACCGUCUCUUAGUACCACGAGUGUUGCACUUUACGAGCCAAAUGGUCUACUGGGAGUGCCAUGGAAUGCAAUGCGAUGAGCUUGGUCUUAUUCUCAAGGGCGAGAAUGACUCCUGUGAUGUUGGGACAGAAGGAAAGAUGACACGCGACGGUAAAUCCGUCAGCAAACUGUGGAAGCCGCUGAUCAAAGUUCUAUACAACCAGAAGCAUGACAACCCCAUCGACCAGAUACAUUAUCGCUGGCUGUGCUUCAUUGAACACUACUCGCGCUUACAGGUGUUAAGGGAAGAGAAGCUACCCUUACUUGAGAAUUUGGUCAGCGAAAUAACAGACUUAUUACUCAAGGAGGGUUGUGCAGAUACUAAAUAUCUUUUUGGGAUGUGGAGAUCACUGAUCCCCAUGACUCUUCCAUGGUUAGCACUUGGAUACUCGCAGAGGCGGUCAAGAAAAGUUUAUAUCCCGACCUGGAGCUGGGCUUCAGUGGGGUCGGUAACCGUCCGCCAUGCAAUGGAAACAAUCGCAUGGAGGAAGAUCAUUGUUUGUGAGCUCGUUGACGUCGCUCGCGCUUGGGACAAGGCAGGGAUCCUCACAACAGCUAGCCUGUUGCUAAAGGGGAAGCUUUUCAUGGGAAGACUGGCCUCCUCUCCUCUUAGGAGCGGACCUUGUACUGAAGCGAGGAUCCUAAGUUUGACUAACUAUGGCUUUCCAAUGCAAGCGCCAAUGAAAAUGGUACGUCCCAACAUGACGUGGAGCGGAACCUUUGAUACUGAGGAAGAUAUGAGAGAAGAGGUACUUUGCCUACCGGUAACUGUCAACAUAUUUUCCGGGCCGGCAGAUAUUAACCUUCUACUCAAAUAUUAUAUCGAGGGGAUAAUGCUGUCACGUCUUGAAGAUGGGCGCUUCAUUCGCCGUGGUCGGUGGACUAUUGACCGUAGUUCCAAAGAGGAGUGUCUAGAUGCCGUAAAGCAGCUGCAGGAUCAUGUCGUGGAACUUAUAUAG